CCGGGUUUAGUGCGGGGUGGAAGCGCAGAGACGCGCGCGGGAGAUUUGUGCUGAUUCGUGGUUUAUAUUUGCAUAAUAAGUGUUUAUCAGGCACGCGACACUCGGGACCCUGCAGACAGUUGAAUGAGUCCCAAAGUCACUAUGAAUCCACUGGAUUUUCUAACUGAAGAUGAGAUGUUGAAGUUUUUCCACUGUAAGAAGACAGAGAUCUCCUGCAUAGAGGAGCCGCAGACCUUCCUGAACCAGCUGCGAGACUUUAACCUGGUGCCUGAGAAUCUCUACAGGAAGGUACUAAGGAUGAAAAGUAAUAAGAGAAGGCAGGAAGGUGUGUAUGAGAUUUUGGACUUGGUGGAGAGUAAACAAGCACACAAAAUAAAGGUGUUUUGGAGCUGUGUGUUUCACGAUCACAUCAUGCAAAAAUAUCCAGCUUUCCGCUUGCUCCGGAACAGCCUUCUGGACGGAUCGUUCAGGUUUUAUGAGAACCUCCCAAAUGCAGAGGAACCAAACAAUAUGGAGAAAGAGCCGGUGCGGAAAGAAAAAAAGGAUGUAAAGCCAAAGAAAGGAGAAAAGAGAAAGAAAAGUGUUGAAGAAAGUGAGGAGGAAGAAAAGGAGGAGGAGGAAGCAGGACCUUCCUCUUGCUCUACACCUAAAACAAAGAAACCAACCAGAAAACCCACAUUCUCUUCUCCAUUAAAAAAAGGAGAGAAAGCUCCUAUUUGGACGUGGGACCUGUAUAAAACUACUCUCCCUGUCACCUGUGGUAAUGAGGAAGCUACACUGAAUCGAGCCAAGCUAGCCAAGGGAGAGAAGUCUAUUCUGUGUAAUGGUAAAUGGUUCACUCCAAGUGGCUUUGAGAAGGUUGCAGGAAAGGGGAGCUGCAAGAACUGGAGGACGUCCAUCCGCUGUCAAAACGUUCCGCUGCAAAAACUUAUAUUGGAGGACCAUCUGCAGUGUCCACGCAUGAAGAGGCGAUGUGUUCAGAAGAGUCGGAGAGUCCUGUUUCGUUCCAGCCCCUCUGAAAGCUCCAGCCCUCAGUCAGAAUCCAGUGUAGAAAUGGAGGGAUCGAAUGAAGACCAGGAGGAGGAGGAGAGAGAAAAGGAGGGAGAACAAGAAGUAAACAAUGAGGAGGAGGAGGAAGAUGAGGAAGAUCAGAGCGAGCCUGUGGAUCUGUCUGUGUUUGAGGGUGCAGUUUUGCCAGUCAGCUGUGGUUCUGUCACUGGGGAUUUAUAUAAGAAGAGAUUCUCAGGGCCACGCAGUAAGAGCAUUCGUACAGAGGAGCGCUGGUUCUCUCCGGAGGACUUUGUAAAGCAGGAGUCAGCUCUGACACAUGGACGCUGGAAGAGAGACAUACUGUGUCAUGGCAGACCCCUUUACUUCCUGGUGAAGAAAGAGAUCCUGUAUAUCCACUCGCUGUUGUGUGAUUGCUAUUGGUGCCUUCCUGAUGACCCACUGGAUCAGAAUAACGAUGAUGUUUGCUUCAUUUGUGACCUUCCCGACGAUAAGGACAGAGACUUGGUGUGCUGUGAUGAAUGCCCAUGUGCCUUCCACCAGGACUGCCACGUACCGACUCCACAACACAACACGUCAGUGGAAAAAUGGUUGUGUACUUUUUGCAUUUGGAAGAUUAAUCAUCCAAUGUGGAUUCCCAUGAGUCUGGAAGAAGCUUUAAACAGUUCUGUAAUUAGAAAUAUGAUGCGUUGUGAGUAUUUGCUGUUGUGUUUGUAUAAGGAGGACAAGCAGCGUGUGUUUACUGACGAUCCCUUCACAACAGUGCCGGGGUACGACAGUGUGAUUUCUAAUCCCAUGUGGCUGGACAAAGUGAAGAUCAAAUUGGAGAAGAAAAACUACAGCAUGGUUGGAGAGUUUGUGCAUGACAUCAGGCUCAUCUUCCAAAACUGCCAAAGUUUUAACAGAGAUGAUGACAUUGGCACGACGGGGGCCAGACUGAGCGAGAUCUUUGAGGAAAGGUUCCUCACCGCCUUUAAGAUCCAGUAGAGAUUCAAUAUUCAUUUUAAUGAAAGGAAGUGGCAAACUAUGAGAACUGUCACAGUAGUGGUUUCAUGUUUAAAAAAUUUAAAAGUUGAGUGUUACUGUGUCACAGAAUAUACAAGCCAAUCACAUUCCAGUAUUUCAAUUUAAGAAGGAGGCGGGGCAGGCGUUUAGUGUAGGGGACUCUAAUUUGCUCGUUUACUUUGCCUGGAUUUUCAGCAUAUCAAGUUUGAAGAUGUAACAUGACAAUGCAAUUACUGCACAAAUCCAAGUGAUCUGACAUGGUCAUCGACCUUGCUUACCAGCCCAACAAGCUUGACCUUGCUGGGGCUUGAACCUGUGACUUUUCAAGCGAUACUCAAUCAGUGUCUUAAUCACUGAGCUACCACUGCCCACCUCUGACUAGCGUACCUGUCUCCAGGAGUGUUUAAGAAUUUUUUAUAAUUUUAGGGACCUUGUGCUGGUGAUGUCAUUUUAAAGAGAAAGAACUUGCAAAAAAUGCAAGACACAAUGGACAGAAGCUUUAUUUGAACAUUAUGAUAUCAUUGCAGUUAAUCAUAAUAAUAAUAAUAAUAAUAUAAGCAUUUUUUCUACAUAAUUUUACUGAUUUAAUUAAGUUUUAGCAAUGCCAUUCAUGCACAAACAGAUGAGUCUCAGUUAAUUGCAACAUGUAUAAGUGCCAUUUCACUUCCAUAACAGUUAAUAACUAACCAGUAAGAAGGCAGUGCAUUAUUAUGGUUUAAUGUCUUGUUCAAGGUUUUGAUUGUCUUAGUUUUAGUCAUGUUAAUAUGCACCUAAGAAAUGCAUUUUGCACUUGGAAGGAAGAUUUUUAAUGGAAAGAAAAAAACGAUUAUGUGAAAACUUUUUCUUUAAGAAUGUUUUUAUAUACUGUAUAUGUAUAUAUUUCAAUGUAUUUUUGUAUGCUUUGCUGAGAUACUGUCACCGCAUGUUAAUUUUUGUCACAGAAUAUUAGUUUUUAGUUUUUGAUUAAAUUAAUAUCAUUAAUUAACAAUGUUAGAACGGUGCGAGCCAUAGUAGUGCUGUCAUAUGGACAUAACAUUGAUGGACAUUGAUACAGUGGUUCCACUACAUGCAAGUGCCCCGCCUUUUGCAAGAUAGCAUUUUCGGCCAGUUGCGCGAAUUUCUGGUUCGUUUCAGUGGAAAGACAAACAAAGUGAGAGGAAUCAUAAAUUAAGGUCUAUUUAUUCCAUAUUUUACUUCAUUUAAAUGUAUUUUCUAAAUGUUUUUAUUGUUACAACUAUAGUGUUGGAAAUUGGGGGGUUGGAAUGGAUUAUCUGCAUUUUAUAUUAGGGAUUGGAAUGGAUUAAAUUUGUAUGCCGAGGUACCACUGUAUAAUGUAUUGUCAUCAGUAUUUGUUGUAGAAGAUUGUUGUUAAGUUAAAAAUCUUUUGGUACUGAUAUUAAAUUUAAAUAAUUUUAAAAGCCCGAUCAGUUGGCCAGAACAGGUGUGUCUGUGUGUCCGUAAUAAACCUGCUUCACUCUGUCAGUCCCUCGUAUUUACAUUCAUGUGAUUGGCUGAAAUGGUAGGAGACAUCUGAUAGGCUGAAGGGGAAGCGCUUUUUGCACUAAAAGAAAAAAUUGCACUGUUGAACGUAACCACUUAAGGCCAGUCUCACAAAUCCACACACAAGUGUAGGGAUGUUCAGGAAAGGCGAGCAAUUUGUUAAUGCAGAUUUGUGAGUCUGUAAAUAAAUGUAUCAAAAUCUCAUAUUUCAAUAAUGUUACAUGCAUAUAUACAUUAUUAAACUGAUCCGCUAAUGUUGCAUUUUUUUUCCAUCAAAAUGAUUUAUUCAUUCUUUCAGUACUGAGUAAUAUACCUCAGAAUUUAGGGCUGACUAUGAUACAACGGCCGUGUUUCAUCUAAAUGCCCCAGGCGAAAUCUGCUGCAGCUUUACCGAAACACCUGCUAGUGUAACUCACAUGAAUCAUUUUGUUUAAUCUGUUUCUCGUGUUUGCCUGGAAACCACCCUAUUUUUUUGUCUUUUGUUUUGCACUAGCUGUCUCAUUUAAUCACACAGGUUCAUAAAUGAUAGUCGUGAUGGUUCUUUUUUUAAAUGUUUUUGUUAUGUUAAUACAAUCAAUCUGGCACUAACUGUACUGAUGUCUUUUGAUUGAAUUCAGUCUGUCCUGUUGAUUUCAGUUUUACAUGUGGUAUUGGAUCAGAUCAAUAAAAUAAAAUGUUUCCAAAACAGUGGAUCUCA